AUGGCAUCUGCACGGCCUGCCACCCGCCUCGCAGGUGACGUCCUUCUCCGAUUUACACCUCGCCGACCUACAUCAUUAUUACUACCUACAUCACAACCACAACUAACGACAAUAAAAACUGUCUCGUCCUCAUGUCGAUCUUUCACGAUACGUACCCGCUACAUUCACGACCAUGCCUUUAUCACUCCUACUCCGCAACCGAACCCAACGCCGAAACCGCCAAAACAUGACGGUCUUCCAAAGCAGCAACAACGACAAGCGCGCGCCGCGCCCACUAGCCUGGCCGUAGGCGCUGGCGUUGCUCUUUUAGCUUCGUAUCUCUACAACCGUGAUCGCGACCAUGACAGCAAGAGCAAGACCAAGCCCAAGCUUAACCGCGACGAUCGAGAACGAGCGAAAGAUCCAGAUAAAGAACCACCACCUCCUCCUCCGUCUCCAGAAACCUUCCAACAUACCAACGAUGCCACAAACAACCAAGACACCCGCGAACCCCUCUCCCUCCCACGCUUCCACCUCUCCGAAAUCCGCUCUGCCCACUGCUCCACCUCCGAUUCCCCAUGGGUCACCUACAACGACAAAGUCUACGACAUAACAGACUGGGUCGGCGCGCACCCCGGCGGCGACGUGAUCCUACGGGCCGCUGGAGGGCCCAUCGAGCCAUACUGGGACAUUUUCUCGAUUCACAAGAACUCGCCCCACGUUCGCGAAAUCCUGGAGCAAUACUGUAUCGGCUACAUACACAUGGACGACCUGGAUCCGAAGACGACAAAGCCCAAGAUGGAGGAGAUCGAGGAUCCGUUUGCGCAAGACCCGCAGAGGGAUAGCAGGUUGGUGACGCAUACGGCUAAGCCGCGGAAUGCGGAGACGCCUAGUGAACUUGUGGCCUCCGGCGAGGGGGGUUUCUUGACGGAUCAAGGGCUUUUCUAUGUGAGGCAUCAUAUGUGGGUGCCUGUUGUUGAUGACCUGGUUAAAGAAGAGAAAGAGGUGUUGAGCGUUGAAUUACCUGACGGGGAAACGCGAGGGUACACGCUAAGGGAACUGAAAGAGAGGUUUCAGAGACAUAAAGUUACGGCGACGCUGCAGUGCUCGGGUAACAGACGGAAUGACAUGACGAGACAUACUGGCAAGACGAACGGGUUGCAAUGGGGUGUGGGAGCGAUCAGCAAUGCGGAGUGGGAGGGGGUUUUGUUGAGGGAUGUGUUGAGGGAUGCUGGAUUGAAGGUUAAGGAUCCUUCUACGGCUACCGCUGUUGUCCAACACGCUUCCACCACCUCCUCCGCCUCCAACGAAGAAGAAGACCCCCUCCCCUCCCAAAAAGACCUCCACGUCCAAUUCUCCGCCCUCGAAGCCUACGGCGCCUCCAUCCCCCUCACCAAAGCCCUCGAUCCCACCGGUGACGUCCUCCUUGCCUUCGGCAUGAACGGUUCCGCCUUACCCCGCGACCACGGAUACCCCUUGAGAGCCAUCGUCCCGGGUCAUGUAGCUGCUCGUUCGGUCAAGUGGCUCAACAAGAUUGUUGUGAGCGAUGAGGAAAGUUUGAGUCAGUGGCAACGAAGAGAUUAUAAAAGCUUUGGACCGAACGAGGGCGCGAAUCCGGAUUGGGACAGGGCGAAGAGCAUACAGGAGAUGCCGGUUACCAGUGCUAUUACGGGGGUUUGGGUGGGUAGUGAUUGUUUGAGGAGUAAGAACAAGCAGGAGAAGGGGGUAGGGCAGAAGACGGUCGAUUUGGCGGGUGUGGAUGGGCUGAAGGUUGGGUGUACUAAGACUACCACCACCACUGCUACCCCUUCAUCAUCCCAACCCUCAUCCCCCACUACCGAAAGCAACGGCAAAAUCCCCAUCGCAAUGCAAGGCUACGCCUACUCAGGCGGCGGCCGCGCCAUCGCUCGCGUGGACGUCUCCCUCGACAACGGCCGAACAUGGGACCAAGCCGAGUUAAUCGACGACUGCAGCAACCCCGCGACUCCUUGCUACGGGAACAAGACGUGGACUUGGAAGCGGUGGAAGUAUUAUUCCCACCUGCCGCCCUCUGUCCUUCCCUCUUCACUCCCCUCCACCAGCGCCUCCCCCAAAAAUGAGGGAGAGGGAAAGAAGGAAGAAAACAAAAACUGCACAACCCUAAUAGUAAAAGCCGUCGACGAAGCUUACAACACCCAACCCGAGUCUCACGCCGGUAUCUACAACGUGCGAGGAAACCUGGCCACGGCCUGGCAUCGCGUUAGGAUUUGUCCGCAGUGCGUGGCUUGUCCUGAUGGUGCAGGUGGAGGGAAAGGAGUUAAGUGGAUGACGGGCAAGGUGAUUGGGUGUGGGUUUGAGAAGGAAGUGGAGGAGGCUAGGGAGAGGAAGAUUGAUGAGGGGAAGAAGAAGGAGGGGAAGGAGGGGAAGGAGGGGAAGGAGGGUGAGGUGAAAGAGGGGAAUGCGGUUGGGACUGCUGCUGGGAGGCCGGGGAAGUAA